AUGCGGCCGGCGGGGCGCUGGCAGGGUGUGCGGGCGCUCGCGACGCAGGCCACGGCGCACGUCGAUACGGUCGUGAUCGGCGGUGGGCAUGCGGGUGUUGAGGCGGCGGCUGCGUCCGCGCGCACUGGCGCCCGCACCGUGCUGCUCACGACGCAUGCAGCGACGAUGGGCGAGAUGAGCUGCAAUCCGAGCGUGGGCGGCAUUGGCAAGGGCACGCUCACGCGCGAGACGGACGCGCUGGGCGGGCUGAGCGGCAUCGCCGCUGACCGCGCAGCGAUCCAGUUCCGUAUGCUCAACCGGUCCAAGGGCCCGGCCGUGCAUGGGCCGCGCGCGCAGAUGGACCGCUACUUGUACAAGACCGAGAUCCAGCGCAUGCUGCGCUCGCAGCCGAACCUCGAGAUCCGCGAAGGCCACGUGCAUGGCCUCGCGCUCGCGUACGGCGCGGGCGCAGAGGGCCACCACGCCAAGGUGCAGGGCGUCACACUGCGCUCGGGCGACGUGAUCCCCUGCCGCCAGGUGGUGCUGUGCACCGGCACGUUCCUGGCCGCCACGAUUCUCCAGGGCAAGGUGCGCCGCCCAGCCGGGCGCAUGCUCCCCCUGCCGCACACCGGCGACGAGCCGAGCACGGUCGGGCUCAGCGAGGCACUCGCACGCGCCGGCUUCCAGCUGGGGCGCCUCAAGACGGGCACGCCGCCGCGCAUUGAUGCGCGUACCGUGCAGCUCGGCGCUCGAUACCCGGCCGAUACCCACGCGCGCGGCGCGCGCGCGGCGCCGCUCUCGCUCGUCGAGGGCGACGCGGCGCCGCGCGCCUUUUCGUUCCUGCACGCGGCUGGCCCGCCGAUCGAUCCGGCGCGCCAGCUGUACUGCUACGGCACGCGCACGACGCCCGCGACCCAUGCGGUGGUGCGCGAGCAGGCGGCAGGUGACGACUAUGCACAGACGCCGUAUACCGGCCCGCGGUACUGCCCCUCGCUCGAGGUCAAGGUGCUGCGCUUUCCGCACAAGGCGUCGCACCCCGUGUGGCUCGAGCCGGAGGGCUUCCUGGACAAUCCACAGGGCGACGGCGAGGUCCUGUACCCCAACGGACUCUCGUGCUCCCUGCCUGCCGAGGCGCAGGCGCGCCUCGUGCGCACGAUCCCUGGCCUGGAGCAGGCGGAGCUUCUGCGCCCGGGCUAUGCGGUCGAGUACGACCACAUCGACCCGCGCGAGCUGCGCCCGACGCUCGAGUCGCGCCGCAUUGCGGGGCUGGCCCUCGCGGGGCAAGUCAACGGCACGACCGGCUACGAAGAGGCGAGUGCGCAGGGCGUGCUGGCCGGCCUCAAUGCGGGUCUGCGCGCCCAGGGGCGUCCGGAGCUCGUACUCGCGCGUAGCGAGGCCUUCCUGGGUGUCAUGCUCGAUGACCUGCGUCUGCAGGGUGUCAUGGAGCCGUACCGCAUGUUUACGUCGCGCUCCGAGUACCGCCUCUCGCUGCGCGCGGACAACGCCGAUGUGCGCCUCACGACGCGGCUGCUCGGCGUGUGUCCCGAGGCCGUGCCGCCGGAGCGCCGCGCGGCCCUGGGCAGCGUCCAGGCCGACCUCGCGUACGGUAUGGAUGUCCUGGCGCGCACGGUCAAGACGUCGCGUGCGUGGGCCCAGCACGGGCUGCAGGCCGCCGACGAUGUGCAGCCGGUGAGUGCGCUGGCGAUGAUGCACCGGCCCCAUGCGCGCAUCGACGACCUGCUUCCGCAUGUGCCGGAGCUCCGUGGGCUCCCGCCGUCGACGCGCGAGCGCCUCGCGACGCAGGCUAUGUACCUGCCGCUCCUGCAGCGGCAGGACGCCGAGAUCGCCGCGUUUGAAAAAGACGAGUCCCUGGGCCUCCCGCCGCUCGACUAUGCGGCGGUCGACGGGCUCAGCGACGAGAUGCGCGAGCGUCUGCGCGAGAUCCGCCCCCGCACGCUCGGCGAGGCGAAGCGCAUCGUGGGCUUCACGCCCGCGUGCUAUGCGAUCCUGUGGCGCCUGGCGGUCGGUGCGCCGCGGACGCCUCCAUAG